CUCCUCCCAGGCAAAGAGCUCCUGCACUUACCCUGUCCUAGGUUGGGGAUGUGUAAAGCCACUGGCUAAGGGGAUCGCAGGUGCUCCUCGUCCUUUCCCAGAGGCCAUGGUGGGGACUCUAGACAGACUGCCCGACCGACUGACCUUUCGCUUCCCCACCCUAGCAGCGGGCGGGUCACUUCUGGCGCAGCCGGCAGAUCUCCCCCACCCCACCCGCAGAGGCCGGCUUGCCCGCCCCUCCAGCUAGUCGUAAAGUGCAGUAAAGGCGCUGACGUUUUGCGGCACCGUCGGUGAGGCCGGCGGCGUGGAUUUUCUCUGUGCGCGAAUCAUCGCUUUCGGUAGCUAUAUUUUCGGAAAGGCUGCUUUUAGGCUUUUGGGGACCCAACUACAAUUCUUUCUAGGGUAAUUGUGUGCUCAUAGGUUGGUGUAACGAGAAAAUGCGGGGUAGGGUUGUUUACAAACAUUCAUUCCAAUCCUCAUGUAAGAGGCGUGGAGUGAGGUUCUCAGACCUCGCUCGUGACUUGCCGUCUCUCCUCCGGCUGUUUUGGUUUUCAGUUUCCAUGUUCAUCACUAGAUUUUAGAUAUCCUCGGUGUAGCUGACACAUGUUUUUCUUGUUCGCUUCGUCCUGCAGUCUCCCUGGACUUUGAAAUGCUUUACCUGAUCGGCCUGGGCCUGGGCGAUGCCAAGGACAUCACAGUCAAGGGCCUGGAAAUUGUUAGACGCUGCAGUCGGGUGUAUCUGGAAGCCUAUACCUCAAUCCUGACUGUAGGGAAGGAAGUCUUGGAAGAGUUCUACGGAAGAAAAUUGAUUCUUGCUGAUAGAGAAGAAGUGGAACAAGAAGCAGAUAAUAUUUUAAAGGAUGCCGAUAUCUGUGAUGUUGCAUUCCUUGUGGUUGGUGAUCCAUUUGGGGCUACCACACACAGCGAUCUUAUUCUGAGAGCAACAAAACUGGGAAUCUCUUACCGAGUUAUUCACAAUGCUUCCAUAAUGAAUGCUGUAGGCUGCUGUGGUUUACAGUUGUAUAAGUUUGGAGAGACGGUUUCUAUUGUUUUUUGGACAGACACUUGGAGACCAGAAAGCUUCUUUGACAAAGUAAAGAAGAACAGACAAAACGGCAUGCACACGUUAUGCUUACUAGACAUCAAAGUAAAGGAGCAGUCUUUGGAAAAUCUAAUCAAGGGAAGGAAGAUCUAUGAACCUCCUCGGUAUAUGAGUGUAAACCAAGCAGCCCGGCAGCUUCUGGAGAUUGUUCAGAAUCAACGAAUACGAGGAGAAGAGCCAGGGGAAGACUCCAUGAACCUGGUGGAAAGCCAUAGCUGGAAGGCUGAAAAAUCUGAGCAAAGUUUGUUGCUCUGUAUUGCAAGGGAAAACAGUUUUGAGUUUGAAUCCCGUCAAGUUAGAAGGCUUGCUGAUAUCAUACACAGGGAAUGAGGUGAAAGAACAAUUCAGGGUUAAUCCAAAUAUCCGGAAACAAAUACUGUGAGAUGGUGUUCAUCAGGUAAAAUAAUCAGAGCCACAAUGAGGACCUUCGCAUGUUAAGACCUUACCAAUCUCCAAGCAUCUCCUCUCUCUGGUGAGUUUUCUUGUUUUUUGGUCUUGAACACCAUUCUUUAAGACUUCUAGGAUUGAUUCCAGUACUUGUUUGGUUCACAAUGUUCCUUUCAAUUUGUCAAACUAAUAGACACAAUUCAGGUGAAGGUUUUGAAACAAAUUUUAUUGGAAGAAUUUUGUUACAAUUGUUUAUUCUUUUUAAAUACAUCUGAAGUUAAAAUAUAUACAUGAAUGUCUUCAAGUAGAAAAAAGUGAAAUAUACAGGAUGGAUUUGUUGUAUUACACUUAGGCAAAUCACAAUUGUUCACUCUAGCAUAUUCAAACCAAAGUACAACAGUCUGAAAUUUGACAUUGCAAUCUAGCCUUGUACUCAAACAUUUGUUUAGAAAUGUUUUGAUGCCAUAAUCUUCACCAAAGGAAUCAAGCCCAAAUUCAAACUUGGCAGGAAAAGACAGGGAGGUAAAAUGUUGUAGGGGUAUUUAGAAUAUACUGAGAAGGGAUUUGGCAAUUUUUAAUUCACAGUAUUUCUGAUAUAAAAAGAUCCAUUCUGUUUACUGAUCAAACUCACCAAUGUCGGGGCAAAGUAUCAGUUGGGAAGAAAUAUCUCUGAAAUUUUGCUAUCAGAGGAAGCAAUGGGAUUACUUAGCAAAUUCUUGACAGGAUACUUCUAGUUGAAAACCAAAUCUUCAUUGAGGCUAACUAAUGCAUGAUACGUGGUACAUAAACAAAAUUCAAAUACUAAAAUUAAAAAUAAAGCUUUCUUUUCACUUAGUAAAAGGGAAAUUUUACCGUGGCAGCAGCAAUUAAUUAAAAGAGAUGAAAAAUAAGAAAUAUAGAGAAGCUCUACUAAAAUUUAAGAUUUAGAGGGGAAAGGGGAAAAAAGGAAAAAAAGCUAAGAAAUAUUUAAAUCACUUAAUACACGUAGUGUUUGUCUUUUUGGAAGCACCUUUAGGAUAUACCACUAAGAGUUUUUAUGGGGAUAAAUGAAACAAAGUAUGUUAUACACAGAUCCUUAAAGUAAUAGAAAUAUGGCAAUUUUCCAUAGAAACCAAGGAGGCAAUGUGGUUUCUCAUUUGGCAAUACAUAAUGUAAAAAUUCAAGUGACCCAGCUUCCACGGUCCCAGUUCUGCCAAAUUCCUAUCCAACAACAUGGAUAACAUCUCUAUACUUGGUCUACUGUUCCUGGAUUAAAACUGAGAAGCAGCUCACAGG